AUGAUCCCUACUGAUGACAUUCUCAAGUUAAAGGGAUUGAGGGGUCCGUCUAAAUGCUGGCUAUGUGAGAAAGAGGAGGAAUCUUUGAUUCUUCUAUUCUUUGAUUGCAACUUUGCUCAACAGGUAUGGAAACAACUACUGAAUCAAUUGAUUAUUGAUGAGAAAGAUCUCACAUGGGAUAGGCUUGUCAAUUGCUGGCUGAUUUGGCAUAAGAGAAAAUAUGCUACUAUUCCUUUCAUUAUUGCUUGGUUCAUUUGGAUGGAAAGAAGCAAGGCAAAGUUUGAUAAUGCCAUCCAAAAUGUUGGUAAAACUGCUAGAAACAGUCUAUCUUACCUUCAUAAGAUGAUCAAAAGGAAAAAAUUCCUUAAUGUCUCUAAAUCCUGCUCUUCUGACAAGCCAGACCCUAUUCAAGUAAUUAGAGUUUACUUGGAAACUCCACAGCAUCCCACAGUGAAGAUCAAUACUGAUGGAAGCUUUACAAAAAAUGGAGCUGGAGUGGGAGGAAUUUAUAGAAAUCAUUUGGAUAUGUGUCUUCUGUACUUCUACACCCCAGUAAUGGCUUUUGAUGCCACUGAGAUUAAACUUAUUCUUGUGUAUUGGGCAAUUAACCUUGCCAAUAAGGCUAACUUGUAUAAGCUUUGGCUGGAGGUGGAUUCUGCCACAGUUAUUCACCAUCUAAAUCAUGAGGAGGGAUCUCCUUGGGAAGGAAAUCAACCUGCAAAUUGGCUGGCCCAGCUUGGGUCACACUCUAAAGAGACUGAUGUUGCUAUAAACCCCCCCUCAGCUCUUCAAUAUCUGCUGCAAGGAGACAUCCUGGAGGUUCCCUACUUCAGACUUGCAUAUCUGGACACAUGA